AACCCCAAGCAGCAGUAAAGCAUCAUCUUCAGGGGCUGUGAAACCAGAGCAUCUCAGGGCCAUGGGUAUGAAACAUCAAUGCAAGAGGCAAGGGAUGGGUUUGUAUGGACAAAACUGGCUAGAAAGAGGAGAAUUAGUAAAAUAAAAAUUGUUUCCAUGACACUGUGAAGAGGGGAAGGGGAAGUGGUUCAGUUAUCACACACACAUGAUGUUCUCCCCUGAAGAGUGAUUGGCUGGUGUGUGUCACACUGGCUUUUUAAAGUGUCUGAUUAGCCCAGCACUGCAGUAUUGACACAAGGACCUUGUCUGGACCCUAUGCCACAGAAUUCAGGGGACAAUAUUGCCCAGCAGAUCCACACCAGGCAGCUGCUGCAAAGCCAUCACUGAAAUUCCAAGGAACCCACAAGAAGGUGUGUCUGAAAUCACCCAUUAUGAGUUCCACAGCCACACCAAUCUUCCUUCCAGCCACAACCACCCAGGCCCUUGGGACUAACCAGAGUGGGGCUGUGGGGCAACAGGAGCCAUCCUAUGCUGUCUUGAAGUUCAUGGAGAGCUUCUGCCUCAUCAGCUCUGCCUGUGGGAUGGUGGGGAACGCCCUGGUCCUGUGGUACCUGGGCUUCCGCAUCCGCAGGAACCACUUCACAGUCUACAUCCUGAAUCUGGCAGCCGCCGACUUUGGGUACCUGCUCUGCAUCGCCAUCGAGACCGUCCAGUACCUGAUGCAGUUCAACGUGGGGGUGCAGUUUGGGAUAUUCCUCUUCCUGGAUCUCUCCAUGUAUGGGACCGGCCUGUACCUACUGACAGCCAUCAGCAUCGAGCGGUGCCUGUCUGUGCUCUCUCCAAUCUGGUGCCGGGCCCACCGCCCCAAACACUUGUCUGCCAUCAUCUCCGGCCUGCUCUGGGCUCUGUCCCUGCUGCUGAACACACUGGGGUACAUUCUGUGCACCAUCCGCCCCUCUCCCAAGCUCUGCCAGAGCCUGCUCAUCACCAUUGGGACCUUCGACUUCCUCAUCUGCGCACCCCUCAUGCUGCUCUUCAGCCUCACUCUCUUCCUCAGGGUCAAGUGCAGCUCCCAGCACUUCCAGACGGGCCGGCUCUUCACCAUCAUCAUGCUCACCAUCCUCCUCUUCCUCAUCUUUGCCGUACCCCUCAGCGUCCUCAUCCUCUUUGACUUCCUGGGCUACAAAUUUCUCUACUCCCCAGAGAUUGGCUUUGUGCUGUCCUGUGUCAACAGCACCCUCAACCCUGUCAUUUACUUCCUGGUGGGAAGCUACAGGGAUCGGAGAUUCAAGCUCACCCUUGGGCUGGCAUUCCAGAGGGCCUUUGAAGAGUCAGGGGAUGACAAAGAUGAACAGGAAACCAGGGACUCAGUAACUAUGUCCUCCUAAAAGCCUGGUCUGGAGACAAGAGUGGGCAGAGUUGAAGAACUCCAAGGUUUUGGGAAAGGUUCAUUGCACCUGACCUUCAGUAUCCUCACUGUAGAUAGUUCAGCUGAUUAAAUGAGUUCUGUCUGUGAUCCGUGAAAUCACACAAGGACCUGGACCACAGAAUUUUCCUGAACUGUAUUUGGACCACAAGUGACUAUUAAAGAACAUUAA